AUGCUAUCAUUACCUCAUGAAAUCAUGAGUACAAUUGGAAGAAGGGAAAUAAAAUUGUUCAUUUCCAAUUCCCAUAAACGCCUCACGAAACGCACACAAAGUGGAUUGGAAAAAUGUCAAAAUGAUAUAUCAAAUAAAACAGCAACAUCGUGUAUGGAAAAAGACGAAUUUUUGCGAUUACAAAAGAGAGAUUCGGUCUCCGAAACUAAAAUAAAUAAAUAA